AUGUCUGGAUACCCAGCCGCCGGUGGAGGCGGUGGUGGUGCCGGUGGUGGUAACCAUCACGACUACGAUGACGGCUAUGGCCAACAGGGCCGCGGCCACGGAAACGGAACCCAACAGACCGACUCCUACUACCAGGACGACCAGUACUACGACCAGAAUGGUUACGACGACCGCGGACAUCCUCAGGGCAACGAUGGCUACUACGACGAGUCGGGCUACUACAACGCCGACCCAAACAACCCGUACCACCAAGAAGGUGGCUACUACGACGGCAAUGAUCAGUACCAGGACGAAUACUACAACGGCCAGGGCGGUGGCUACUACGAUCAGGAUUACAACCAGGGAUACGGCUCCGGCGCUCGCCGCCAUGGUUCUGAGGAUGACUCGGAGACCUUCAGCGAUUUUACCAUGAGGUCGGAUAUGGCAAGAGCCGCUGAUAUGGACUACUACGGUCGCGGCGACGAGCGGUACAACAGCUACGACCAAGGCGGCGCCCGCGGCUUUCGUCCCCCUUCUUCCCAGAUCUCGUACGGCGGAAACCGCUCCUCUGGUGCCUCAACUCCCAACUACGGCAUGGACUACGCCAACAUGAUGUCUGCCGCCUCCCGCGAGCCGUACCCUGCUUGGACUUCGGACGCUCAGAUUCCUCUCUCCAAGGAGGAAGUUGAGGACAUCUUCCUGGACCUGACCUCCAAGUUCGGUUUCCAGCGUGACAGUAUGCGCAACAUGUACGACCAUUUGAUGACUCUUCUGGACUCGAGGGCUUCGCGUAUGACCCCGAACCAAGCUCUUCUUUCACUCCACGCCGACUACAUUGGAGGCGACAACGCCAACUACCGCAAGUGGUACUUUGCAGCCCACCUGGAUCUGGAUGACGCCGUUGGCUUCGCCAACAUGAAGAAGGGCAAGGGUUUGAAGCGCAAGGCGAAGAAGAACAAGAAGAAGGGCGAGGGUGAGAACGAGGCCGAGGCCCUGGAGGAUCUCGAGGGCGACAACAGUCUCGAGGCUGCCGAGUACCGCUGGAAGACUCGCAUGAACCGCAUGUCCCAGCACGACCGUGUGCGCCAGCUCGCCCUCUACCUGUUGUGCUGGGGCGAGGCCAACCAAGUCCGUUUCAUGCCCGAGUGCUUGUGCUUCAUCUUCAAGUGCGCCGACGAUUACCUCAACUCCCCCGCCUGCCAGAACCUGGUCGAACCUGUCGAGGAGUUCACCUUCCUCAACAACGUCAUCACACCUCUGUACCAGUUCUGUAGAGAUGAGGGCUACGAAAUCUCGGAGGGCGUCUACGUGCGCCGCGAGCGCGACCACAACCAAAUCAUCGGGUACGAUGACUGCAACCAACUCUUCUGGUACCCCGAAGGCAUCGAAAGGAUCGUGCUCGGUGAUAAGACGCGUCUGGUUGACAUCCCCCCGGCCGAGCGAUAUCUCAAGUUCCAGGACAUCAACUGGAAGAAGUGCUUCUUCAAGACGUACAAGGAGACUCGCUCUUGGUUCCAUCUGCUUGUUAACUUCAACCGCAUUUGGAUCAUUCACUUGACCAUGUUUUGGUUCUACACCUCCGCCAACUCCCCCAGUCUCAUCGUCGGAUCAGAGUACGAGCAGCAAGUCAACCAGCAGCCGUCCACUGCAAGACUCUUCUCCAUCAUUGCUCUCGGUGGCACGAUCGCCGCACUUAUCCAGGUCCUGGCCACUCUGGCCGAAUGGGCUUACGUCCCCCGCCGCUGGGCUGGAGCGCAGCACUUGACAAAGCGUCUGCUGUUCUUGAUCCUCAUCCUGGUCAUCAACGUCGCGCCUUUUGUCUACAUUUUCUUCAUUCCGAACCCCAACGAUCAGAUUGCGAAGAUUUUGGCGAUUGUCCAGUUCGUCAUUGCGCUGCUCACCUUCAUCUUCUACUCGAUCAUGCCGCUCGGCGGCCUUUUCGGAAGCUACUUGACCAAGAACUCGCGCAAAUACGUUGCCAGUCAGACUUUCACCGCCAGUUAUCCUCGCUUGGCUGGCAAUGACAUGGCAAUGUCGUAUGGUCUCUGGCUUUGCGUUUUCGGUGCCAAGUUCGGAGAGUCUUACGUCUACCUCACCCUCUCAUUCCGAGACCCCAUUCGAUACCUGUCCAUCAUGCAGAUCGAAUGCGUUGGAGACAAGAUAGUCACCGAUGUCCUGUGCAAGAAGCAGAACUUCAUCUUGCUCGCUCUGAUGGCCUUCACCGACUUGAUCUUCUUCUUCCUCGAUACCUAUCUCUGGUACGUCCUGAUCAACGCCGUUUUCUCCAUCGCCAGAUCGUUCUACAUCGGUUCCUCGAUCUUGACGCCGUGGAGAAACAUCUUCUCUCGCCUGCCGAAGCGCAUCUACUCCAAGAUCCUCGCAACCACGGACAUGGAAAUCAAGUACAAGCCGAAGGUCCUCAUCUCCCAGGUCUGGAACGCCAUUGUCAUCUCCAUGUACCGCGAGCAUCUGUUGGCCAUUGACCACGUCCAGAAGCUCUUGUACCAUCAGGUUCCUUCGGAGCAGGAGGGCAAGAGAACUCUGCGAGCCCCCACCUUCUUCGUCUCCCAAGAAGAUCACUCUUUCAAGACGGAAUUCUUCCCCACUAACAGUGAGGCUGAGAGACGCCUCUCCUUCUUCGCCCAGUCGCUGUCAACCCCCAUCCCUGAGCCUCUCCCUGUUGACAAUAUGCCCACCUUCACUGUUAUGAUUCCCCACUACAGUGAAAAGAUCCUCCUUUCUCUCCGUGAGAUCAUCCGUGAGGACGAGCCCUACUCUCGUGUCACCCUCCUGGAGUACCUCAAGCAACUGCACCCUCACGAGUGGGAUUGCUUCGUCAAAGACACCAAGAUUCUGGCAGACGAGACUUCCCAAUUCAAUGGCGACGGCGACGCUGAGAAGAACGAGAAGGACACGGCAAAGAGCAAGAUUGACGAUUUGCCCUUCUACUGCAUUGGUUUCAAGUCUUCCGCACCCGAGUACACCCUUAGAACCCGUAUCUGGGCUUCCCUCCGCUUCCAGACCUUGUACCGCACGAUCUCCGGCUUCAUGAACUAUAGCAGAGCCAUCAAGCUUCUGUAUCGCGUGGAGAACCCCGAGGUUGUCCAGAUGUUCGGAGGGAACUCUGACAAGCUGGAGCGUGAGCUGGAGCGCAUGGCUCGUCGCAAGUUCAAGCUCUGCGUGUCUAUGCAACGUUUCGCCAAGUUCAAGAAGGAGGAGAUGGAGAACGCCGAGUUCCUGCUCCGUGCCUACCCCGACCUUCAAAUCGCCUAUCUCGACGAGGAGCCUCCUGUUGCCGAGGGUGAGGAGCCGCGCCUGUACUCUGCCCUCAUCGACGGUCACUCAGAAGUCAUGGAGAACGGCAUGCGCAAGCCCAAGUUCCGCAUUCAGCUCUCUGGCAACCCGAUUUUGGGCGACGGCAAAUCUGACAACCAAAACCACUCCCUCAUUUUCUACCGCGGCGAAUACAUCCAGCUCAUCGACGCCAACCAGGACAACUACCUCGAGGAGUGUCUCAAGAUCCGAAGCGUCCUCGCCGAAUUCGAAGAGAUGAAGACCGACAACGUCAGCCCCUACACCCCUGGUGUCAAGAACAAGGUCACUGCCCCUGUCGCCAUUCUCGGUGCUCGCGAAUACAUCUUUUCAGAGAACAUUGGUAUCCUUGGUGACGUCGCUGCCGGUAAGGAACAGACAUUCGGUACUCUUUUCGCCCGUACUCUGGCUCAAAUCGGCGGUAAGCUGCACUACGGCCAUCCGGAUUUCCUCAACGGCAUCUUCAUGACAACUCGCGGCGGCGUCUCCAAGGCUCAAAAGGGUCUGCAUCUCAACGAGGAUAUUUACGCCGGUAUGAACGCUCUCUUGCGUGGUGGCAGGAUCAAGCAUUGCGAGUACUACCAGUGUGGUAAGGGUCGUGACUUGGGUUUCGGCUCUAUUCUCAACUUCACGACAAAGAUUGGAACGGGUAUGGGAGAGCAAAUGCUCUCUCGCGAGUACUACUACCUCGGAACCCAGUUGCCUCUCGACCGUUUCCUCUCUUUCUACUACGCCCAUCCCGGUUUCCAUCUGAACAACAUGUUCAUCAUGCUUUCCGUCCAGAUGUUCAUGAUCUGUCUCCUCAGCUUGGGUGCCCUCCGACACGAGACCAUCAAGUGCGACUACAACCGCGAUGUUCCCAUCACCGACCCUCUGUUCCCCACAGGCUGCCAGAACACGGAUGCCCUCAUGGACUGGGUGUACCGCUGUAUCUUGUCGAUUAUCUUCGUCUUGCUCUUGGCGUUCGUCCCGCUGGUUGUCCAGGAGCUCUCCGAGAGAGGCUUCUGGCGUGCCGGAAAGCGUCUUGCCAAGCAGUUCCUUUCGCUGUCGCCGUUCUUCGAGGUCUUCGUUUGCCAGAUUUACGCCAAUUCGGUACAACAGGAUCUCUCGUUUGGCGGUGCGCGUUACAUUGGUACUGGUCGUGGUUUCGCAACCGCCCGCAUUCCUUUUGGCGUCCUGUACUCGCGUUUCGCCGGACCAUCCAUCUACUUCGGAUCUCGUCUGCUCAUGAUGCUUCUGUUUGCCACCGUCACCAUCUGGCAACCUGCCCUCGUCUACUUCUGGAUCUCUCUUCUCGCCUUGGUCAUUUCUCCAUUCCUCUACAACCCUCACCAGUUCGCGUGGAGUGACUUCUUCAUCGACUACCGCGACUUCCUUCGCUGGCUGUCUCGUGGCAACUCGCGCUCGCACGCAUCCUCCUGGAUCGCGUUCUGCCGUCUCUCUCGUACUCGUAUCACGGGUUACAAGCGCAAGGCUUUGGGCGACCCAUCGGCGAAGAUGUCCUCCGACGUGUCCCGUGCGGCUAUCACGAACAUGUUCUGGGGCGAAAUUCUGACCCCGCUUCUGCUCGUGGUCGUCACCGUCAUUCCCUAUCUCUACAUCAACGCCCAGACGGGUGUCAACGACACCAACAACCCGGGUGCCACGAUCCAACAAACCAACUCGUUGAUCAGGGUCGGUGUGGUCGCGCUUGCUCCCGUCGCCAUCAACGCUGGUGCCCUCAUGGUCUUCUUCUUCAUGGCCUGCUUCAUGGGUCCCCUUCUCAGCAUGUGCUGCAAGAAGUUCGGCAGUGUACUUGCGGCCAUCGCCCACGCCAUUGCCGUCAUUGUCCUCCUCGUCUUCUUUGAGGUUAUGUUCCUCCUGGAGUCGUUCAAUUUCGCGAGAACCCUCCUCGGCAUGAUCGCCGUUGUGGCCAUCCAGCGAUUCGUCUUCAAGUUGAUUAUCACGCUCACUCUUACGCGUGAGAUGAAGACGGACCAGGCCAACAUUGCAUUCUGGACGGGCAAGUGGUACUCUAUGGGAUGGCACACGGUUUCGCAGCCUGCCCGUGAGUUCCUUUGUAAGAUUACAGAGUUGAGCAUGUUCGCCGCCGACUUUGUCCUGGGUCACUUCUUGCUGUUCAUCAUGCUGCCGGUCAUCCUCAUUCCCAAGAUCGACAUGCUGCACUCGAUGAUGCUCUUCUGGCUCCGUCCUGGCCGCCAGAUCCGCCCGCCCAUCUACUCGAUGAAGCAGUCCAAGCUGAGGCGCAAGCGCGUUUUCCGCUACGCCAUCUUGUACUUCACCCUCUUCAUCGUUUUCAUGGCCCUGAUGAUUGGACCUGCCGUUGUCGGCGACAAGAUUCCUCUGGGCGGUCUCACCAAGACUCUCAGCUCGAAGGACCUAGCCUUGCUGCAGCCCGAUCUGGAGAAGGACAACACGCGCAAUACGACGGAGACGGGAACCGGACUGGAUGGCUACUCGGGAGCCGGUCUCACGGUGUCAACCGCGUCUAGGAAGGCGGCAGCCACUAAGCGUGCCGAGAGAGUCCGCCUGUUUUAA